AUGGCCGAGCGAAGGAUUCCAGCAUGGCAGCGGGCGCAGGCGCCGUCAACUGUCGACAGCUCCUCCCUCAGCACCGAACAAUCCACGCCUCCACCUCCACCUACCCCGGCAGAACCGCCAACGACCGCACAGCAAGCGCCUGGAGCGGAGGAGUCGACAACGAGUGGCAGCACGCAAGCGCAACCCCCGUUGAUAGAGCAGGCCUCGAAAUUCCUCCAAGACCCAAGCAUAAGAGACGCGCCGCGAGAACGCAAAGUCGCCUUCCUCCAGUCGAAGGGACUGAGCAGUGACGAGAUACAGACGCUGCUGGGUCCAGAGCAGGCCGCAGACAUGCCCGAGGAUGCCUCGAGGCUGUGGUCACAGAAUCUCACCCCCUCCUCACCGCCCCGGCAACAACAACCACCCCGCGACGUCCCCCCAAUAAUCACCUACCCGGAGUUCCUCGCCAAACCCCAGAAGCCACCGCCCCUCAUCACUAUUCCCCGCCUCGUCAACGCCGCCUACACCAUCGGCGGCCUCUACACUCUCGUCUACGGCGUCUCAAAAUACCUUAUUGCGCCCAUGGAAGCCAGUCUAACGGACGCGCGGCACGACUUCGCCGUGCACACCCAGUCGCACCUGGACGCCCUGAACGAGCGUCUCAGCAGCAUGGUCUCUACCAUCCCUAAAGGCAUGCCAAGCUCAUCCGGCGCCACCAAAGACGACACCGACGACGCCUCAUCCAUCACCAGCGACCCCACCGAGCUCUUCCACCGCGACCACGGCACCCAGACCUCGCCCGCCCUCUCGCGGCGCCCCUCCACCACCUCCCUCUCCUCUGCGCCUCCGCGCGCCUCCGACCCCCUCACCUCCCACACAAACCGCCUCGCAAUCCUAACAUCCCACCUCUCCGAGCUCUCCUCCAGCGCCGCCGCCACGGACUCCUCCACCGCCGACCUCGGCACCAGCAUCGAGGACCUGCGGUCCUACCUCACGGACCUGGCGUACGCGAGCCCGUAUUACGGGGGCGGAGGGCUAUAUGGCGGGUACGGUGGGGAGGCUGGGAAGAAGGGAGAUGCGGUUGAGGCGGUUAAGGGAGAGGUGAGGGCCGUGAAGGGGGUGUUGCUGAGUGCGAGGAAUUUUCCGAGGGUGCAAGGGCGGGCGGGAUGA